UUUUAGUGACGUAGUCUGCACUUCCGGUUUAAAAAACUAUUGGCAUGUGUUGAUUAACUUGAUUUUUAAUUGAAAUCCAUGAAUCGCAACUUAUGAAAUGGCAGAAAUACACCUGAGCGAUGCAGAGAAAACCUUUAUUAUACAUGGAGUGCAGGACAACUUACGUGAGGAUGGCAGAGGUUGUGAAGACUACAGGCACUUGGAGAUUGAGACAGGACUUGUUUCCAAUACUAGUGGAUCUGCGAAGAUAAGAUUGGCAAACACAGAAAUUCUGGUGGGGGUCAAGGCAGAGCUGGGAGAACCAUAUCCUGAGAAACCAGACAAAGGCAGACUGGAAUUCUUUGUGGACUGUUCUGCUAACGCAACUCCGGAGUUUGAAGGUCGAGGUGGUGAGGAACUCGCCACAGAGUUAAGCAGUAUGCUGGCACGAGCAUACCAGUGUCCUAGCUGUCUCGACCUUCGGAAACUCUCUGUUGUUGAGGGCAAGCAGUGCUGGAUCAUCUAUGUGGAUGUACUGGUACUGGAGUAUGGGGGCAAUCUGUUUGAUGCAGCCUCAAUAGCUGUAAAGGCAGCUUUGUUCAACACAAGCAUUCCGACCCUGACCGUGUCACAUGAUGAAGGUCAUGUAGAGAUUGACCUCUCUGAUGACCCCUACGAUGUACAGCGGAUUGAAGUGACUGCGGCACCAUGCAUUGUCACGCUCAGUAAACUGGGACAUUCCCAUGUGGUGGAUGCCAGCAGUAAAGAGGAGGCAUGCUGCUUGGCCAGAUUGAUGUUAGGGGUCACAGAAAAAGGGACAGUAACAGCAAUGAAGAAAGAGGGGUCAGGUAGUCUGGAUACAUCCAGUGUAGAAGAUAUGCUUCAGACAGGACGGCGCGUUGGUCAGGCAUUGAACAAGUCGCUAAUGGAGGUCCUAAUGAGUGAUGAUAAAGUUGGCAAAAAGCAACACUUGACUGGUUUUCUUAGAUAACUACACUGGAUGGGUGCUUCUGUUACCACUGUUGUUGUUGUGGUUUUGUUUUAAAGGAAGUGUUAAUUGUGUCAUGAAUUGAGUUCCCUUCUGGGAAAACUGGGCUUAAUGCAGAAGCUAAUAUGGGACGACACUUUACGCACAUGCUUAUAUCCGGUUUUCCAAGAAGGAAGCUCAAAUGUAUUUAGGAUCGUGCAAGCUGUACCAGAUGUGUAGUUUUGGACACAGAAUUGUAAACACAUGCCUCAUAAAUAUACAUGUUUUUGCACUCUAAUGUAUAUUCAUACGAUUUGUUUCUGGUUUGAUAUGAAGUGCAUAUACCAUAUGUAACCAAAUUAUGAUUAAAUGCAGAUGUGCUAAAAGGUACAAUACAUUUUGAAAUGUU